GAGCUGUCCGAGGUUCUGACCGUCCCGCCCGAGCCCCGAGCUCCUGCCUGCUCCCGGCCCUGUGAUUCCCCGGUCCCCGGCCGACUCCCGCCCUCUGGCUGCCCAAUUCUCUAAACCCAGGGGCGCAGCGGCUGAAGGAAGUCAUGGUGUUCGCUCCAGGUGAGAAGCCUGGGAACGAGCUGGAGGAGGUGAAGCUGCAGAAUGCCAGCAAACAGAUCGUUCAGAAUGCCAUCCUGCAAGCUGUGCGGCAAGUCUCCCAGGAGAGCCUGCGGAGGGAAGGCAGACCCCGUGACAGCAGGGCCCGGGGCCAGCUAGGAGGGCGCGAGCUGACCAAGAAACAUGAAAAGAAGUAAUGGGUGCUGCUGGCUCUGGCUCUUGUCACAUGCUUGGUUUCUGCCUUUCCUGUUAGCAUAGGACGUGUCACCAAAAUGUUGCCAAUAAGCAAAGCAAAGUGUCAUGGAUGCCUGUCAGUAGGAUGAGUUCAUGCCAGCUUUUCCGAAUCUGUGUUAGGGACUCUUCAUGUCUUUGUAAUACCUCUGGAAGCAGCUGAGCCAGACAUGGCACUCAUACCGCGAACGUCAUUUUAUAACAAACCUAUUUUCCAAGUUCU